AUGGCGGGUUUUACCAUCUAUUCGUUGCUGAUUCUUGGAACCAGCCUGGCAGUGUUGGCUUCACAACAUUCACCGUAUUCCCUGCAGGCCGCCAUUGAUGCCCUACAUCGCCGGGAAGCUCAGCUAGCCCUGCGAGAGGAAGCUGCUGCCGAGCAACUGGAUGACGAUGGUUACUGGAUGGAGCCAACCGAAGAGCAGCAACAACAGUUUCGCCCGAACCGACAAAGGCUGAACCGCAUUUUGGCCAACUAUUUGCGACGUCCCGAGGAAGAAGUGGAAGAUGCUUACGAUCCGUACGAUUUGGACACACGGAAACGGUCCGUCUUUAGGGAGAGAGAUGAGCAAUCAUCCUACCCGACUGUAUUCCGUGAGCGAGAACUGGAGAAAUCCUUCCCACACUCCGAUCAAUCCGCCGACUUUUUAAAAGCUGUCGAGCGUCAGGCAAUCGCUGAGCGAGAGGAAGAAUUUCAGGAUCGUUUACAGCAGCUGUGGGACAAGUAUCAACAGGAGGAGAACGAAAUCGAACAGCGACUUUUCGACGAGGAACCGUUAGUUUCGCUUCAAAGUCCAGGAGGAUACGAAAAGCGACAAGGAUUCCCCAUGUCCGAAUCGGAACCAUCUCCCGCCCAUUACGGUCCACCGAUGCAAGAACGCAAGCGAACCCUACCGAUUCUACCCUGGCUACCAGCAACACGCAAGAAGCGUUUCCCUGUAGCUAAACGAUCCCCCAAGCCGGAAGCUCCACCAUCCGGAACGGAUGAGAAGGUGGCGAAGGAUUUGCAAGCUCUCUUUGGUGCACCGAUCGAACAGAAGCGCAAACGUUCCAGUGAACCCGCGCACGCACCGAUAAGCUCAACCGCCAGCUCUGGUGUGACCUCAACGACGAUCGCUCCCACAACUGAGCGUGCACUGGAAGCGAACAAAGCUAAACGAGAAUCAAGCGAUGAACAUCAUGAGCACAGCUCGGAGGAAGGACCGGAAGAAGACGAGCACGAUCACGAACACGAGCACGAUCAUGAGGACUCGAGCGAAGAGUUUGAGGGUGAGGAUGACGAUCGAAAGAAGAAACGAUCCGUACGCAAACGGUCCAACCUGGAGGUGGUGAAGGAAGACCAAAUUCUGCCCGGCGAUAUUGGGGAGUUUAAGACGAAAAAGUCGAUCCAGUGGAAUAAGUACUUCGGUAUGGAUCGUAGGAAAAAGGAUGGUCGAAGUGGUGGUCCUGCGCCCUAUCCGCUGAGCUUUUACAAAACGUACGAUGAGGAUCGUAAAAAGAAAAACAUCAAUCAGGACAAGCUGGAAAGCAUGGCACAGAAGCUGAAAAGUAUCGAGGAUUUAAUACUGGACCAGAUGGUCAAGUACACGGGUGAUCAUGAAGGUCUUAUGACUGAACCGGACGAGCUGGAAAAGCUGAAAGACAAACUGGUGGCACGCUUGGCAACUGCGUACAGUAUCGAAAAGAUGCGCCACACGCUGGAGCGGCUGAAGGAUUCGGUUAGCGACGAACAGCUAAAGCUAAACGAAGUGGAACCGGAACAGCCGCGCGAAGAAAAGGAAAAAGCUAAACGAGUCGCUGUAAAGAAGGAGCGUGCCGAGUACGAUCACGGCCAACACAGCAGCAUGGAAGGUAACGAGAAGGUAACGCACGAUGAGGUCGAAAACAAUCUCGAUGAUGUGGAGGCGGAUAAGAAAAAGAAGAAGCGUACCCAGAAACGGUACCAGGAAAUAUUCCGUGCCCCGGAGGAGCCAGAGAUGGAUGAAGAGCUUAACCGAGGGCUGGUUGUUGAGUCCACUGAAUGUCCACUGCUAGAUGCGUUCGAGCGGCGAUGUCGUGGAGUGGACGUGCUUAGCGGUGAUAUCUAUCAGGAGCUGCUACCAGCUUGCGGUGCCCAUCAACUAUGUUACCUAUGCGGUGUAUCACCGAAAGUGUGCGAUCUUCAGUAUCUCUCGGAGGCGGACAAUAUAUGCGAAAAUCAACCGGACUGCCAGACGACUGCCCGAUCCGUACUGAUGAUACUGCGCGGAUUUCCCGGCCCACAACUCGGUCCACGCGAGUGUGCCAAAAAUCCUUGCCUGUAUCGGGCGAUGGUCGAGGUUGGUGUCGUUGUAAAUUAAGUCCGUUCG